CACUUGAUUGCUUUUUUUUCCUUUUUGCGUUCGGUUCCUGUCUCCUCUCUGGCAGCAAAUUGUUUCGGACCUCAGGUCUUCUCUACUCUCAUUUGGACUCUGUCGAGUGGGCGUCGGGCGCGAGCCUCUCCAUUGCAUCGCGCUCGGUCGGUUCAGGCAGUAAAAUCCACGUGUCCGGCUCCAGUAGAAGUCGGAUCGUCUGGCGUGCGGCUCCGGCAGGCCGAGGAAGCGCUGUACGCUGGCCACUGCUCGCCAAGGUUUGUGGGUCAACUCUUCGCCGGUCAGCACGAAGAGCUGCUCUGUCCGAGGGAAGUACCGCAGCCAAAUUUCCAGCCAAUCGGCGUAGUGGGAGACAUCCAAUGGUGCCCAGACAGUUCGCAACUGCUCAAGCGACUGGUUGGCCCGGAGGAUAAACUCCUCGAAGUCCGGAUACACUUGGCCGGCUUUAGCGUGGGCGACUUGGAUCUGGAGGCAAGGCAUGCGCUUUCACCUCGUUAG